UGAUUUACUGAACUAGAAACGUCCAACAAUGUCUGUCUUCAGAAAGUGGUUAAAAGUUGUAUUGGCUGAGGAAUUUCGAGUCAAAAGCCUAUUUCUGAGGUUUUCAAGUCCAGAGCUGUUUUCCGAAUCACCGUGGUUUCCAUCAUCGUUAUUCAUCAUCUAUCGUCUGGUUAUUACCGCGUGGAGUGUAAUUGUCACGGUGGAAAGCACGUUCGAAACGUCUAGUUAUUUAUGGCUGUUACAGUUGGAUAAUUGGAGUAUUUCCUUAAGUUGUUUGUAUUUCGUUCUCGCCACGCUCCUCCCGAUCUACUACGCUGUCAAGGCAUACAAAGAUCAAGAAAACAAAGAAAUCCCUGAGAAAACAGAGAAAAGUUACAUGGCUGACGAUGAACACGAGAAUGAAUGUGAGUUGUUGUGGACCGCUAACGAGGAAGACGAGUCGCACAGAGAACUGCCGCGCCGCGAGGACAGAUUACCGUGUUACCAUGCGGUACUCUGGGUCUUACAAACUCUGGUGGGAAACAGCAUAUUAGUUGUCAUCCUUUGUUAUGCCAUACUGGAAGAACAAUUUAACCAGUUAGAAUUUGCUAAGCUCCUGUCUAUCUUUAUUUUUAUGGUUGCUGAGGCAGUUUUCAGUUUCGCACCAAUCAGAUUGCUUCAUUUUCUUUAUUCGUAUGUGUUUUCUUUAACAUAUGUCCUUGUCGUUCUUAUUUACUACUUUCUGCUUCUCGAUAAGCUUGUUCCCGAGCUUCCUCGAUUCGUAAAAAGAAUAGACGACCCUCUCUCUUCAACAGUGGUUUUCAUGAUUUUGAUCGUUGGGCAGCCGUUGUUUCAAUUGCUAUAUUUUUCAAUCCAUAAGCUGAACUGUUACGUUUACUUCAAGUAUCAUGGUUAUUAAUGACUAUUAAUAACAAUAAGAGUGCAGUCACCAUUUUGUUACAAUCGAAAGUUAGGUGAGAUAAGCCACGCCCAAAAAUUACAUAGUACUUUCAAUAAGCAGGUUUGGAUAGUCUGUGGUAUAAGCUUUAGUGAGUAUCCCAAAGUCUAGUCGCGUCCCUUAGUAACAGAUCACCCAAGGUCUUUUGCUCUCAGCACAAACUGCACGUCAAGGGUUGAUCACAUGUACUUGGCAGAAACAGUGGAGCCACUGGUGCAAAAUGCCCCCCUCUCCCCAUGAAUACUAAACGAAUACUAGCGACUCCCCUCCAGAACAUGGCUUUGAUGCUAGACAGUGUGUGCAUAUCUGAAACUCAGUGCUAAGCAAUUUAUGUCUUCUUUCGUAAAUAGACUAACAUUUAAACACGAUUUAGAAUACGUGAUUAGCGAGCCGAGUUUUGGCUCGUCUUUAGCUGUUUUGAGGAUAUAGCUCUUUGGCAUACAAAGCUUUGCUUUCAUGUCUAAAUUGAGCACUCUAUCUAGGAUGAGUUACUGCU